AUGAUCCGGAUUCGUGACGGCAAUCUCUAUCUGAUUCGAUGUCCGAACGACAACUUGGAGACGCCGGUGCCACGUGGCAAAGUGGAAGCGCUUCCGAAGAAUUUCAGUCUGAUGCAAAUGAUUGAGCAGAUGAGAAUACACGGCAAGAGAGGGAAAUCGAGCUCGUUGGACAGCCAGAGUGUCUAUCUCGGAGAGACUUGCUGUCAGGAGAAUCCGAGACACAGAGCAUCUGUGCAUUGCAGAAAAUGCCAGGCUGAUUUGUGUGAGAGUUGCUUCGAGAAGAUCCAUUCCUUCGAAAUUCAUCGAAGCCAUCGAAAAGUGUAUUUGUCUGUUCCACCACUCAAAGAAAAAAAUGACGUCAAGGUUCAGAGCAAAGUGAGUUUUCAUUUGGUUUCCAAUUUCAUUUGUUCAACUGCUUUCAGAUAAACAUCCGCCAACAGCCAAGAGACCACCAGAGACAUUCCCAGAACAGAUGGGAUCCUCCGAUCUCUCAAACUCCCCCCGCUCCCCCUCGUGACCACGUAUUUUCCCCACUUCCAUUGGCUCCUCACCCCGCAAUCCGACCUGUUCCACCCGUUCGCCGUUCCGUAACGACAUUCUCAUCGGCAGUUCCCUCGACACGCGUCACAGUGGUCCCACCUGAAGUCGCCUCUGCCAUUCCUCCUCCCCCUCCGUCUCUUCCUCCUCCUCGAGUACCUUGUGAUUCUUUCUCAGAUCUCCCCGCAUUCCGUGCACCCACACCGCCUCGUCGUCGAGAUAAUACUGUGCUUCCGACACGACGAACUUCUGGAAAACUCAUGA